AGCUAAUUAAAGGGGGUUCAAGGCGGGAAGCAAGCUAGAGCCGUGCGCCGCCAAGAGCCAACUUGCGGUGGAACCUGGAUCUUCCCUAGGCACCGAGAGGUCCCCAACCUGGGCUGGAACCCUGCCCUGCACAGGACUGCUGCUGCAUCCCAUGUGAAAAGCAGGAAAUAAAAUGAAGAUUUUUCAGUGCAAGACGCAGUGCUGGCUGUUUUCCGCUUUUUUGGCGAUUGCUUACUUUUGCACCAUUGUCCAGGCUCAAGUGGCUUCACCCACAAGGUUAAGAUAUAAUGUAUUAUCUCAUGAUAGUAUACAGAUUUCAUGGAAGGCUCCAAGAGGGAAAUUUGGUGGAUACAAACUUCUUGUGUCUCCAGCUUCAGGUGGAAAAACUAAUCAAUUGAAUCUCCAGAACACGGCAACUAAAGCAAUUAUUCAAGGUCUUAUGCCAGACCAGAAUUACACAGUUCAAAUUAUUGCAUACAAUAAAGACAAAGAAAGCAAGCCGGCCCGAGGUCAAUUCAGAAUUAAAGAUUUGGAAAAAAGAAAGGACCCAAAACCCAGAGUCAAGGUUGUGGACAAAGGAAAUGGGAAUAAACCAUCUGUACCAGAAGAAGAGAAAUUUUUCUGUCAAACUCCAGCUAUUGCUGAUAUUGUAAUCCUGGUGGAUGGUUCCUGGAGUAUUGGAAGAUUCAACUUCAGACUGGUUCGGCUUUUUUUGGAAAACCUGGUGACAGCAUUUGAUGUGGGCUCAGAGAAGACACGAAUUGGCCUUGCACAAUAUAGUGGCGACCCCAGAAUAGAAUGGCACUUGAAUGCCUUCAGCACAAAAGAUGAGGUGAUUGAAGCUGUCCGAAAUCUACCAUACAAGGGAGGAAAUACGCUAACAGGUCUUGCUUUGAACUACAUUUUUGAAAAUAGUUUUAAACCAGAAGCAGGAUCAAGGACUGGCGUAUCCAAAAUUGGCAUUUUAAUCACCGAUGGAAAGUCCCAGGAUGAUAUUAUUCCACCAUCCAGAAACCUUCGUGAGUCUGGUGUAGAGCUGUUUGCCAUAGGGGUGAAAAACGCGGAUGAGAAUGAGCUGCAGGAGAUUGCCUCCGAACCGGACAGCACGCACGUGUACAACGUUGCAGAAUUUGACCUGAUGCACACGGUUGUGGAGAGCCUGACCAGGACUGUCUGCUCCAGAGUGGAAGAACAGGACCGGGAGAUCAAAGCCUCAGCCCUUGCCACCAUUGGGCCGCCUACCGAGUUGAUCACUUCUGAAAUCACUGCCAGGAGCUUUAUGGUUAACUGGACUCACGCCCCAGGAAAAGUGGAAAAAUACAGAGUCGUGUAUUAUCCCACCAGGGGUGGAAAGCCAGACGAGGUGGUGGUGGAUGGGAGUGUAUCUUCCACGGUGUUGAAAAACUUGAUGUCUUUGACUGAAUAUCAGGUAGCAGUCUUUGCAAUCUAUCCUCACACAGCUAGUGAGGGCCUCCGGGGAGCCGAAACCACACUUGCUUUACCCAUGGCUUCCAACCUUGAACUGUACGAUGUGACUGAGAACAGUCUGAGGGCAAAAUGGAAUGCGGUGGCUGAAGCAUCAGGAUACCUGAUCCUCUACGCGCCUCUCACAGAGGGCCUGGCUGGGGACGAAAAAGAGAUGAAAAUUGGAGAGACCCACACAGAUAUUCAGCUGAGUGGGUUGUUGCCCAAUACGGAAUACACAGUCACCGUUUAUGCUAUGUUUGGAGAAGAGGCCAGCGAUCCUGUUACAGGACAAGAAACAACAUUGCCCUUAAGCCCACCAAGAAACCUGAGAAUCUCCAACGUUGGCUCUAACAGUGCUCGAUUAGCCUGGGACCCCGCUUCCAGAAAGGUCACUGGUUAUCGAAUUGUAUAUAACAACGCAGAUGGGACUGAAAUCAAUGAGGUUGAAGUCGAUCCUGUUACAACCUUCCCUCUGAAGGGCCUGACACCCCUCACGGAGUACAAUGUUGCCAUAUUCUCCAUCUAUGGUGAAGGGCAGUCAGAGCCUCUGACUGGCAUUUUUACCACAGAGGAAGUUCCAGCCCAGCAAUACUUGGAAAUUGAUGAGGUGAUGACAGACAGUUUCAGGGUGACCUGGCAUCCCCUCUCGGCAGAUGAAGGGCAGCACAAGCUGAUGUGGAUCCCAGUCUACGGUGGGAAGACCGAGGAAGUUGUCCUAAAAGAAGACCAAGACUCAUAUGUUGUUAGAGGCCUGGAGCCCGGCACUGAAUAUGAAGUUUCAUUGCUGGCUGUGCUGGAUGACGGAAGUGAGAGUGAGGUGGUGACUGCUGUUGGGACCACACUUGACAGUGCUUGGACAGAACCAGCUACGACCAUCGUACCUACCAGACCUGUGACGUCGGUUUUCCGGACAGGAAUCAGAAACCUGGUUGUAGAUGAUGAAACCUCUUCUAGCCUGCGGGUCAAAUGGGACAUUUCUGACAGCAGCGUGCAGCAGUUCAGGGUGACCUACCUGACUGCUCAAGGGGACCCUGAGGAAGAAGUGGUAGGAACGGUUAUGGUACCUGGAAGCCAGAACAAUCUCCUUCUGAAGCCUCUUCUUUCAGAUACUGAAUACAAAGUCACGGUGACUCCCAUCUACGAUGACGGAGAAGGUGUCAGUGUCUCCGCCCCUGGAAAAACCUUACCACCUUCUGGCCCCCAAAACUUACGGGUCUCAGAAGAAUGGUAUAACAGGUUGCGUAUCACGUGGGAUCCCCCAUCUUCUCCUGUAAAGGGCUAUAGGAUUGUCUAUAAACCUGUUAGUGUGGCUGGCCCAACGCUGGAAACUUUUGUGGGAGCUAACAUUAACACCAUUCUUAUCACAAACCUCCUCAGUGGCAUGGACUACAAUGUGAAAAUAUUUGCCUCCCAGGCCUCAGGCUUCAGCGACGCUCUGACAGGCGUGGUGAAAACACUGUUUUUGGGUGUGACCAAUCUUCGAGCAGACCAGAUUCAAAUGACCAGCUUGUGUGCUCAGUGGCAGAUACACCAUCACGCCACUGCCUACCGGAUAGUUAUAGAAUCCGUCCAGGGCUACAGCAUUUUUGCAAUCGGUGUGGCCGACGCAGACUACUCAGAAUUGGUUAACAUCGGCAGCAAGCCCAGCGCCCGCCAUGUCUUCUUUGUGGAUGAUUUCGACGCCUUUAAGAAAAUCGAAGAUGAGUUGAUUACUUUUGUCUGUGAAACUGCAUCAGCAACCUGCCCACUGGUGCAGAAGAAUGGCAUAGAUCUUGCUGGAUUUAAGAUGAUGGAAAUGUUUGGUUUGGUUGAAAAGGAUUUUUCAUCGGUGGAAGGGGUUUCUAUGGAGCCUGGUACCUUCAAUGUGUAUCCUUGUUACCGACUUCAUAAAGACGCCCUGGUUUCCCAGCCAACCAAGUAUUUGCACCCAGAAGGAUUGCCUUCUGACUACACAAUCAGUUUUCUAUUCCGGAUUCUUCCUGACACUCCAGAGGAGCCAUUUGCUCUUUGGGAGAUUUUAAAUAAAAAUUCUGACCCAUUGGUGGGAGUCAUUUUAGAUAAUGGUGGGAAAACCCUAACAUAUUUCAACUAUGACUAUAGUGGGGACUUUCAAACUGUUACUUUUGAAGGACCUGAAAUUAGGAAAAUUUUCUAUGGAAGCUUUCACAAGCUUCACAUUGUUGUCAACAAGACUUUGGCCAAAGUGGUUAUUGACUGCAAGCAAGUGGGUGAGAGGGCAAUAAAUGCAUCGGCUAAUAUCACGGUGGAUGGUGUCGAAGUCCUAGGGAGAAUGGUUAGAUCAAGAGGACCAAAUGGAAACUCUGUACCAUUCCAGUUACAGAUGUUUGAUAUUGUUUGUUCCACAUCAUGGGCCAAUAAAGACAAAUGCUGUGAAUUACCAGGCCUGGUAAUAUGUUUAAAUGUUCAUUUUAUAUCUAACCUGCUAAACUGGGAUUGUCAGUGUUUCUUUAAGGGUGGUCCAGGACUCAGAGGACCAAAGGGCCAGCGAGGUGAAGAGGGUCCAAAGGGACCAGAAGGCCCCCGGGGUGAAACAGGCCCUCCAGGACCUCAGGGUCCCCCUGGACCCCAAGGACCAAGCGGUCUGUCCAUUCAAGGAAUGCCUGGAAUGCCAGGCGAAAAAGGAGAGAAAGGAGAGACUGGCCUUCCUGGCCCACAGGGUAUUCCAGGAGGCAUUGGUUCACCAGGACGUGAUGGCUCGCCAGGCCAGAGGGGCUUUCCCGGAAAGGAUGGAUCCUCUGGCCCUCCAGGACCACCAGGGCCAAUUGGCAUUCCUGGAGCUCCCGGAGUCCCAGGGAUCACAGGAAGUGUGGGACCCCAAGGCGCCCUGGGACCACCUGGUGUUCCCGGAGCAAAGGGCGAACGAGGAGAACGCGGUGACCUGCAGUCUCAAGCCAUGGUGAGGGCGGUGGCACGUCAGGUGUGCGAACAGCUCAUCCAGAGUCACAUGGCCAGGUACACAGCCAUCCUCAACCAGAUUCCCAGUCACUCCUCAUCAGUUCGGACCAUCCAAGGGCCUCCUGGGGAGCCUGGGAGACCAGGCUCACCUGGAACCCCUGGUGAACAAGGACCCCCAGGGACCCCAGGCUUCCCAGGAAACGCAGGUGUGCCGGGGUCCCCCGGAGAACGAGGUCUAACUGGUGUCAAGGGAGAAAAAGGAAACCCGGGCAUUGGAAGCCAAGGUCCAAGAGGUCCCCCUGGGCCAGCAGGACCUGCAGGGGAGAGUCGACCAGGAAGCCCAGGGCCCCCUGGCUCUCCUGGACCAAGGGGUCCACCCGGUCACCUGGGGGUGCCUGGACCACAAGGUCCUUCUGGCCAGCCUGGAUACUGCGACCCUUCUUCAUGUUCUGCCUACGGGGUGGGAGCUCCCCAUCCUGACCAGCCGGAAUUCACUCCUGUCCAAGACGAACUGGAAGCCAUGGAGCUGUGGGGCUCUGGGAUCUGAAAGCGUCGCGAGAAAUUCGAAAACCAACUGCAAAACCUCUGAAGGGACCUUAUUCAAGAAGCAUGGCAUUAUGUGGUUUGUAUACUACCUUUGCGGGGCUUGCUUCACCAGCCU